AUGAGUUAUGGACCAGCGUUGAUGACCUUAUCGUUGAUCGCAUUGAUCUUUACUAUUCCACCGUUGGCAUGGAACAUUAAAUGCUCCAACAUUCCUGCUAUAUCUCUUAUCUCCUGGCUAUUCUUGAUGAAUCUAAACACCUUUAUUUCUGCGGCAAUAUGGCUGGGCAAGAACUACUCGUCUACGUACAGCGGCAGAGGGUACUGUGACAUUAUCUCCAAGCUUCAGGUGGGUGUGAAUGUCGGAAUAUGUUCAUGUGUUGGGGCAAUCGCCUUAGAUUUAUACUUAAUUUUGAAUGCCAAGUCCUCUUUGCUCUUGAACACCAAAAAGAGGCGCAUCAUUGAAGCGUGUAUGUGCUGGAUCACUCCGAUCGUUAUAAUGGCAAUUAUUUACGUCGUCCAGGAUGCUCGGUUUUUGGUAUUCAGAUACUCAGGCUGCCAGUACUCUCUAGCCCCAAACUGGGUAUCGGUAUUGAUUCUUUCUAUACCAAUGGUGUUAUGGUCUUUGACCAGCUUCGUCUUGGCGCUCAUGACAAUCAUUAAGUUCUUCCAGAUAAGAAAGGAUGUCAAAGAUAUUUUGCACUGCACUAAUUCUGGGUUGAACUUGACCAGAUUUGCUCGACUACUCUUGUUUUGCUUUUUGGUUGUUUGUGUUAUGUGUCCCUUAUCGUUAUAUUUCUUGGUUAUCGCUAUGAAUAGUAUUGAUGGUGGGUUUGACUUCUCUGAUAUCCACGACAGUUUAUUAUGGGGAAUUAUCUUGUUCAAAGACCUGGGAUCCCCGAAGUAUGAUAGGUGGUUGCAUAUCACUUUGGCGUAUCUCACGUUCAUCAUUUUUGGGUUGGGCGAGGACUCGGUGAAGUUGUAUCAACGAGUGGCACGCAGAAUA